AUGACCAGGCAGACCCACCCCAACAACCAUGUGCACUCGGAGGAACUUCUCCCCGAGGUGACGGGACAAAGACAGAGUCCCAUCAAUAUCCAGACCCCCAACGCUGGGGUACCCCCAUUUUCUAUCAAUUAUGGUAUUGCCCGUGGUGUUACUGUCCAUGCUGAGGUUGACCUGGCCUUGGAAGUCCCCGAUGCAAACAACUUCACUGUAAGAGGUGUUUAUGGUUUGGGGGAGGAUAUCUUCCGUCUCACCUAUAUGGACAUGCACUGGAGUAUGGACAGCUCUCGGGGAAGUGAACAUCAGUUCAAUGGUACCUCCUACGCCUUCGAAUAUCAUUUCGCCAAUUACAACAGCAAAUAUCGUGACUUCGCUGAAGCCUUAGAACACUCCGAUGGAGUUGUUGCAAUAGGCGUUCUUUAUACGGUUGGUGAUCCAGCGCCUGGGCUUAAUGAGGUUUUAGACUCGAUGAACGAUAGUAAUAUGGGAGCACUGGACUCCUUCAAUGUGGAGGCCAUGAUCCCUCAAGAUUUAUCGACCAACUUCUACCUUUACAAUGGCUCUGGUACUACUCCUGAUUGUGAGGAAGUUAUGGUAUGGGUUGUUGCUAAGACCAUCCAGACAAUCAGCGAGGAUCAACUGAAUAGGCUGAGGACACUAAGGCAUAAUGGAGUCUCUAUUGGCCCUAACUAUCGUCAAACCCAAGCAUUGAAUGGGAGGAGGAUUCUUGACUCCACCCUUACAGACAACAAUUCUGUCCCUAAACCUUUCAGAGCAUCUUGGUUCAUACUUAUUCUUAUCAUCAUCGUUCCAUCGUUGAUCAUAGGGAAGUGA